AUGCCGUCAUCCCCAAUCGAGCCCCCCCCCCCCCAACCUGAUCCUGCUUCUACAGUGUAUGCCUCAGACUCCUCUUCCGCUACCUCGGACUCUGAUCACGGCUCUGACACCGAACCUGCAUCGGGUUCUGAUUCGGAUCCGUCACUACCCGAUGUUGAGGUUGCUACCCCCUCGCCCUCUACUCCAUCGACCCCGACUCCUGUUGCUCCUAUCGGGCACCGCAUGACCACUCGAGCAAAAUCUGGGAUUUUUAAACCAAGGCAUUGGGCGGACCUUUCUCAUACAUCUGAUGGUGGACUUUAUGCUGCUCUAUUUUCCUCUGUUGACCCGACAACGCAUGUUGAGGCUCUCAGAGAUUCCAAAUGGCUGAAAAGUGACGCAUACACGGACGAUAAUAUGGCAGUGACCUCCAAUUACGGAGCGUUCAUGGAGAAAUUCAUUCUCCCGCCGUUGCCAACAACUUCUCCGGCGCAGCUCGCCUUCAGCCGCGUCACUUUUGCUGUCAAAGACAUAUUUGACAUGGAUGGAUACGUGAGUGCCACGUGUAUUGGAAGACCUUUCAUUGAUGAAAUGGGUUACAGAUCGUGUUCCUGGCUUAUCUUCAGGAGUUCAGGUGGUUUUGCUGUAACAGUUGGUGCCAACCUUGCUGAUUUCUCUUUAGAGACUGACCCAGGUGGAGGUGAAUUAUUCCCAUGGAAUAGAGUUUUGAUACUAUUGUCUAUUAACCUUGGAGACUAUAUCGAAAGCAAAGUUCCAAGUCUGAAUUGUCACCUCCUCACAGAAUGACACUUGAAGAGGCUAUAGGCUAUGUGGCUUCUGACUUAGAUUAUUACUCUCCUCAUUGUAGUUAUUCAACCUACAAUGAUUCUCUUUAGGAUUGAAUUAUGGGACUUUGAUUGUUUUGAGAAUUCUAAACCCCAAUAUUGGUAACAAAUCCAGC